UUUCCAACACUUACAGUCAGCCAUUUUGCAUUAGGGCAUCGCGGAUGCUUUUUCUCCCUGACCAAAGGAUAUUUGGUUUUUCCAUCAAAAUUCGUUGAUUUCGAAACGUUAAUUCGAAAGCCCCCAAUAAACGAGAUUGUGUACCGGCAGCGUGUGUGCAAUUGGCAAGUGGAAAUUGUCGGAAAGGAACAGUUUUUGACCCAGAAAAAGUAACCAGCCGAAGACGUCACACCUUUUCAGGCACCAAUACGAUUACAGUUACUAAUACCACGACUCACAGACUAAUACCACAACAAAAACAAGUGCUAGAAAACAAGAAGAAGAAGAACUAGCGAACCUAUCCGCAAAAGUCAAAGUACUUUUUAGUACUUUCGCCUCGAAUUUAUCUGCAUUUCCUCGCGAAAGCCGCAUUGAACUUUUGGAAAUAUUACGCAAGUACUAUUUCUAGUCGUACCCGUUGGUUAAUCAUGGCUCAGUAAACAUGAAUCCGCAACGAGAAUACCCUGCUCAACGCACUCCGUGUGGAGACCAAGGCAAGACGCAAUUAGCCGCCCGCUGGCAGCUGCCCAGCCAUACCACCAGUUCUAUUCCCCAUCCCGAGUGCACUCACUAUAGCCACAACGAUGGACAGCAACAACAACAACAACAACAGCAGCAGCAAGAAGCAGCCUCAAUCCUCGCAUCAUGCCAAGUCCUCGUCUGGUGAAUCGCAAAGGAAGUCCAGUGACGUACAUGCCAACAGCAACAAGCAGCGGAACAACCGCCGACGGGAGCAGCUUCCCACACCACGCAACGAUCAGCAGCAGCGCAGCACCAGGCAGCAGCAACAGCAACAGGCACAGCAGCCUGCCAAGCUACGUCCCAAUGUGGACAAGCGACCUAGGGCUCGCGGGGGCGGAGGGACAUACGAUUUCCCUGCCUCCCGCGGCGAGGACGGGACUCCAGGCGGCUCCCGACUAGCCUACGCCGGCGCCGGCUACCCAAGUAGCGGUGACUUUGACCAUGAACUGAACUCUGUGUACGCACAGGGCAGCAAGAAGCAGAACUUGAACCAUCUGCUUAACUUCCACUGCGUGCCCAGGGAACUGGAGCGAGGACAUCACCAUCAGCACCAGCAGCACCACGGCGUUGGCAGCCGGAAGCAACGCUACAACAAGGAGCAGUUCCUGCAGGCCAACUUCCAGUUCGUCAUUCGGUCGGGGGCAAAAGCCCAGGUGAAUGGUUCGCCGGAUGCCCUUAUCGAUUGGAGCUACAUCGAGCAGAUCAACAUCCAGACCACCGAGGAGUUGCAGUGCCCCAUCUGCCUGUAUCCGCCGGUGGCUGCCAAGCUCACCAGAUGCGGACAUGCGUACUGUUGGCCUUGCUUGCUGCACUACCUCUCGCUGAGCGAUAAGACCUGGCGCAAGUGUCCCAUCUGCUAUGACGCCAUCCACGCGGGAGAUCUGAAGAGCUGCACCAUCGAGCAGCUCAGGGACUCGCAAGUGGGAGAGAAAAUCACCUUUGAAUUGAUGCGGCGCCGUAAGGGCUCCAUGUACAUUGAAAAGCAUGCUGCAGGAUUGGGCGAAACCAUUGAACGUUUCCCAUUCGUCUCGGCUGGCGAAGAGGCUAGACGCUACUCCAAGUUUCUAAUAGCAAAGCGGUCGGAUGUGGGCGCCAUCAUUGAGAGGGAGCGUUGCGAGCUGCUAGCUGAAUCCGAUGACUCCUGUCCUGAGGAUGUGUUUAUCCAGCAGGCGCUUGUGAUGCUUCAGGAGCGUGGCGAAAAGUUGGGUCUCGAAAAACCCGAUCCCAGAGAGGAGGAGGAGGAGGUACCACCGGCUAUUUGCCCAGGAGCAGAAGCCAAGAUUGAUAUUGAGAAGCCUGACGAUGCCUCCAUCUCGUCAGGAGAGGCAUCUAGCAGUCUGAGCUGCUCCUCAAGCAACCAUCAUAAGUACUAUUAUUUCUACCAAUCCAACGACGGACAAAACAUCUACUUGCAUCCCUUGAAUGUGAAGAUGCUGCAGGCUUGCUAUGGCACCUUGGAUUUGGGUCCCCUACUCAUCGAAGCGCAGAUCGUGCAGAUGGAGCAGCACUCUAUGGACGAGGACCAUCGUCGCAAGUUCACUUGUCUGGGGCAUUUGCCUUUGACCUGCCAGUUUUCAGUAGUGGAGGUCGAGCUACAACCGCCGACUGUCUCUGGAGGAAUACUCAAGCUAUUCAAAGAGGAUAUUUUACAUCGUAAGAAGGAGCGCCAGCGCCGGGAUCGUGAGGAGCGUAAGCGAGAGCAGCACAUCAACGAGAUUAACGAUCGUCAGAUGGGUAAACUGAUUGCCAGUGCAGCCAACCUCAACCUGAGUUCAUCUCAUGAAUUUCCCACUUGCGGCUUUGAGGAGGCUUUGCCCAGUCCCAGUGGCUCUGUUCCCAUGACCAUCAGUCGCCAGGACAGUGGCUCCCGCUACUCCAGCGUCACUCUGGCCAGCGCCAGUCCCAAGCAGGAGUUGUGGCCGACCAUUGGAAGCGGAUCUCCCGGCAGUAAUGCUGCAUCGUUGGAGUUCCAAGUGGGAGCUUGGGGACGGUCAGCUCCACCGCUGCCACGCGUUGUUUUGGCCCCGCGAAGCAGUGAAGAGGAUUUCGAGCAGCGAUCUGUAGGCCACUGGGGCCUGGGAGAACUUUUGGUAGGAGCCUUGGACCAGAAGAAGCAGAAGGUAGGAGCAGGAAAAUCCAAUACAGCUCCUGCUGAAUCCAAGAAGCAAAAGAAAGCCAAGGGCAAGAAGAUGGUUCCCCUGUUUGCCACUGGCAUGAAUAGAGCUCAAUGAAGGAGUACGGAGUAGUGCAUCCGCCUAUAAAGUUAACAAGAUUUAUUGUAUUUUUUGUUUAAUUAUGAGAAUAUUUCAACGUUAUUUCAAAUAACAAACACGCGAUUGUUAUUUCAUUCAGGAUUUGAAAAAUCAUUCAGCUAAUCUAUAAUUUAACCCAACUUAUAUUCACAUUACUCAUAAGCAUAAUCGAUACAAUAAAGGCAGCAAGUAAAAUAUCAAA